AUGCAGAUUGUCGUCGUCCCAGCGUCGUCCAAAACCGGGCAAUCCACGAUCCGGGCGCUGUUGGACGCCGCGUCCGAACCUAUAAUAACCGGCGUUUACCGGGACCCGGCCAAGGCGCCAUCCGACUUCAAGGAGCAGCCCCGGUUCAGAGCUGUCAAGGGAGACGUCGCCGAUGUUGGAAGCCUCAGCUUUGCCGGCGCAGAUGUCGUGGUCACCAUCACGCCCCCGCAGUUUUCCGAGUCGAGGCCAAUCUCCAGAGCGCGGGAGAUGGCGGCGAAUGUGAAAUAUGCUAUUGGGAGAGCGGGCGACUCAGUCAAGCGGCUUGUCUAUGUGUCUAGUAUAGGGGCUCAGUUUGAGCAUGGCACGGGCGAGUUGAGAACGAAUUACGAAGCCGAGCAAGCUCUUGUUGGCGCAGCGCCCGAGGUGGUGUUUAUCCGGUGCGCAUACUUCAUGGAGAACUGGGCGACGGCGCUUGAGACGGUGAAGACCGAGUCGCCGUUUUUCUACUCCGUAAUAUGUCCUGCAGAUUAUAAAAUACCCAUGGUGGCUGUAAGUGAUAUCGGAAAAGCAUGUGCCGCGCAGGCCCUCGCGGCCGGGUCUGCGUUGCGCAAAAGUCCUUACAUAUUCGAGCUUCACGGACCCGAUGCUUACUCGACGAAUGAUGUUAAGAAGGCAUUCGAAGAGAGCAUAGGAAAGACAGUCGAAGUCAAGUUAGUUGAGGAUGAUCAGCUGGAGGAAUUCUUUGCUCAGGCCUUCCAGCCCCCCAUGUCUGGUUUAUUCGUGGAGAUGACGAGGAGUUUUUUGCCAGGCGGGAUUGCGGCGGCGGAAGUGGCUGAGGGAUCUGGGGUUCAGCGAGGGGAAGAAAGUUUGAACGAGGCCAUUGGAAAGAUGUUGAAGGGAUAA